CGUAAGGAAAAGAAACAGCUGUUAUUAAAACAUGGCCGAAUUAUCUUGCCCUUAUUACAAAUAUUUAUUACAAAAACAAUAUAAAAAGGUAUUAAAAAAACAUUAAACGAAGGCGGAGAUUCCGAAAAGCGGUUCUAAACAUGCUCCCUGCCUGUUGGAAAUUCAUGUGGAGGUGAGUGAAGCGUUCUUCGAUUGGAAAGGGGGCCGAAACAACAGAAGCAACAACAACAAAAAAAAAAAACAAAUAAAUAUGGAAAAGGCAAAACAAAGAAGUGUUGAAGAAGUGGAAGGGUCGUGCGGUAGUGGUAGCAGCAGUCAACAGCAAAGUAGUAGUGAUCGCAAUUUCCCUACACUUAAUUUAGACCCAACAAAUACGCAACCUGUUCUGGUUAUCCAGUCACCAAAGACCCCAACACUCUCCAGGAAGCUGAAAGCCAUAAGCCUUGACUCUGACCCAAAACCACAGACAGAUAUAUCGCGAGAUGUAUAUUCCAUGCCAAACACGCCCAAGAAACAGAACAAGAAGUACCUCACAGAUUUCGAUAGCAAAACCCUAGCACCAACUUCAAAUUUAAAGCGGUUCUCUUCAAAUGUCAGUAUCUCAGGUUCGCAAACAUUGAAGACUCUGCCGGAAAUAAUGACACUGCAAGAUUUUUCUGAGCCAAGGAUUGAGCCUGUCAGAAUUAAAGCUAAGGGGCUGCUCGAACGCAGAGGUUCCAAUGCCAGCCUCACCAUUGACCUCAGCAGCAGCAAUGAAAAACCACCACCAAUCUCAAAGUUGAACACUGCUAAAAGUAUUUCCAAUCUAAAUUUGACUAGUUUUGGGGGCAACUGUGACUGUCCAUCAAAUAAGAAGUUCAAGAAUGUAAAAGAAUUUGAUCGAAGAAAGUCUCAGAUACAUUUAGAGACUUGUGGCAAUUGCACUAUCUAUGAAUCAGUUCCCAGUAAGGCAAACAACUGCAAGGGAAAGCUUAAGCUCUGCAAUUGCAUUUGCAAUCUGAAAUGUGAACGGAAAUCAUUGUCCAAUGAGAAUCUGUAUGUACCACCUUGCAAUUAUUGCCAGCAUCAAACUGGAGCUUUGGGCAGCAAUCAAAGUAAAAUCUGCAAAGGGAACAGGACAGCUCGAUACCCACAUCAGGCAGAUUUGGAGGCAUCGCAAUUACUCUCUGAUGAUUUUAAAUUGCAUCUGCAGAAUGUGCAGUAUCUGCAGACUGCUGGAAGUGUUUUAACCAUUAAUGAAUUGAAAUUGUUUUGUGAGGCCCAACGUGUGCCUAGUUUACAUCAGGAGUUCUGGGAGGUUCCAUUGAAUCUUCAAGAAAAGUGUAUUGUAUCUGGCAGUCAAAGCAGAAAUCGCUAUAAGGGAGUUUUACCCAAUGAACACAGCAGAGUGCAUCUGAGUGAAGUUCAACCCUACAUACAUGCCAACUAUAUUAAGGGUCCUGAUUACACUGAAUCCUCAUACAUAGCAACCCAAGGACCUAUGGCUCACACAUGUGAAGACUUUUGGGAGAUGAUUUGGUUAACAAAAAGCAAUUGCAUAGUUAUGUUGACGCAACUGAUAGAGAAGGGACGUAACAAAUGCGAGCUGUACUUCCCGUUGGGCAAAUCGUCUAAGAAUGAUACUGAAAAGUCUUUCUACUUUUUGAAAUCGAUCAAGUCUCAGGACAAAUUCACUUUUGAUGCGAGGAGGGUUUACGAAGAGGAGAUCAUAAAGAUCGAGGAGGUAAACGAGAUCACCUUCGGCCAGUACAAGAUCAAAUACCUUUCGAAGGAGGACCUGGGCGAUUGCGUGCUACGACAUUUCGCGCUGGAAAAGGGGAAGCACGGCAGGAAAAUAACACAUUUCUGGUAUCCGAAUUGGCAAGACCACAAGAUGGCGGAUUCCGAGGAAGUACUUCAGUUGGCCCUGCGCGUUAUCAAGUUUAUAGACAAUAAUAAAAACAUAAAGAGGAUACGGAAGGACGAGAAGAAUCCGCUGGUGGUGCAUUGCAGCGCGGGCAUAGGAAGGACAGGUUGCUUCCUGGCAAUAUUGAACGGCAUCCAGCAACUUAGAAGCAAUUUCAACGUCGACGUCUUGGCAAUCCUUUGUUCGUUGCGUCUGCAUCGCGGAGGAAUGGUGCAGACUGCGGAACAGUACGAGCUCAUCCACAAGGUUCUCCGCCUCUACACAGAGCAUUUCUUACAGCAAUGAGCAGUAGAAGUAGUUUAGUAACUAACUACUACCUACUGGGUGCUCAAUUUCAGUUUUUACGUCGUCCUCGUUAAAUUAAUUCAAAUAUAUAAAUUGUGAUAAUAUUUUGUUCUGUAGUAGCGUGCGCGCGAAACUUCCAAAGAAUUUUAUUAUUAUUAUUAUUAUUAUUUUUAGCAAUUAUUUUGUG